AUGGCCUCCUCCGUUGACUUCAACAAAAUACUCUAUGCUCCCUUAGCUGAGAGCGAUCCAGAGGUUCAGAACAUUAUUGACAAGGAGACGUGGAGGCAGCUAAAUGGAUUGGAGCUCAUCGCGUCUGAGAACUUGACCAGUUUAUCCGUCAUGGAAGCAAACGGCUCCAUCCUCACUAACAAGUAUUCUGAGGGCCUUCCCGGCGCGCGCUACUAUGGUGGCAACGAAUACAUCGAUGAGCUUGAAAGCCUUUGCCGCGAGCGUGCUCUCAAGGCCUUCAACCUCGACCCGGCUAAGUGGGGUGUCAAUGUGCAGCCCUACUCUGGCAGUGUAAGCUUCAGUCUCAUCUUUGCCGCCCUCACUGCUCUAAUUCAACCUCAAGAUCGUUUGAUGGGUCUUGGCCUUCCGGAUGGUGGUCAUCUUACUCACGGUUACUACACUGCCAAAAAGAAGAUGACGGCGUCUUCGAUCUACUUUCAAUCUUUCCCGUAUGCCAUUUCACCAGAGAGUAACCUAAUUGACUAUGCCGGCCUGGCUGCUCAGGCAAAAAUCUUCAAGCCUCGUCUCAUCAUUUGUGGUGCCUCUGCUUACCCCCGUGACUGGGACUACGCUGAGCUCAAGAAGACUGCUGAAAAAGAGGGUGCUUGGUUAUUGUGCGACAUGGCACACACUAGCGGUCUCAUUGCUGCUCAAGAGCUCAACAGUCCAUUCGACUAUUGUGAUGUUGUUACGACCACUACUCAUAAAACCCUUCGUGGCCCUCGUGCUGGUCUCAUCUUUUUCCGCAAAGAUCUCGAGAACGCCAAGGACCUUGAAAAGCGCGUCAACGAAGCAGUCUUCCCUGCUUGCCAAGGUGGUCCUCACAACAACACUAUCGCUGCUGUCGCCACUGCUCUUCGCCAAGUCGCCGACCCCUCAUUUAAGGCUUAUGCCAAGCAAGUGGUUGCUAAUGCUCGCACCUUGGCUUCGACUCUCCUUGAACACGGUUACAAACUUCAGACAGGAGGCACCGAUAAUCACCUCGUACUCUGGGAUUUACGUCCUCUCGGCUUGACCGGUAGCAAGGUUGAAAAGGUUUGUGAUCUCAUGGGCAUCACGAUAAAUAAAAACGCCGUGUCAGGCGAUGCUUCCGCCCAGGUUCCUGGUGGUAUUCGUCUUGGAACUUCCGCUCUUACUUCACGUAACAUGACCGAAGCGGACAUCAAGGUCGUUGCCGACUUUCUCCAUCGUACUGUUCAACUUUCUCUGCUUCUCCAGAAGGAAGCUGGUACAAAAAUGCUGAAAGACUUUGUCCGUGUUGCCACUACUCAGCAGGAGGGCAAGCAAGGGUUUGCUCAGGUGAAACAGCUCCGUGACGAGGUUCGGGCAUUCGCCAGUAAGUGGCCUCUGCCUGGUGUGGACACCGCCAACUUUAAGACACCUGCUGGCGUCGAGGAGGAUUAG